CUGGAAAAAAGAAUGAAGGACGCCCUGAGACGUCAAGAGAAGGAGGGAGAAGACAGGCACCAGGACGAGGUACAGAGUCUGACCGAGGAGUGGCACCAGGAGAGACAGUGGGAGGCAGGAGACCCUGAGGCACAGGUUCUUGAGGAACAGAACAUGCUGGCUCGGCUGGCCCUGGAGGGGAAGGAAGACGUGGCCCAGCUACUUAAGACUCAGGCUGAGGAGCACGCAAGACAGAUCAAACAGCUUAAGAAACAACUCAGGAAAGAUCUGGACCAGGCGCGUGACGCGGUCCGUGCCCAACAGAACCGGCCCCAGCUGCCUCCAGACGGGGACGUCAGUAAGGACCCUGCUGCUCAGUGGAUAGAGUUCAACAGGGAGCUGCAGGCUCAGUUGUCCCAGCAGACUGCAGAGCUGGAAGGUCUGAGGCAGCGAGAGAGACAGCUGAAACAGAGGCUUGCCUCAGCGAUGGGUAGAGAAGAGGAUGAUGUAGAGGCUGAUGCGUUCGGUCCCCUGCUCACAGAACCCACCGAAACAGAGUACUUAAAGAAAGUCUUGUUCGAAUACAUGAUGGGCAGAGAAACAAAGACUAUGGCCAAGGUCAUAGCCGCCAUCUUGAAGUUCCCAGCAGAACAGACCAGGCAAAUCCUGGAGCAGGAGGAAACAAAAACUACGUCAUAGUGUGCGCUUGUAUGGUGUGGCACACGUGGAUGGGGUGGCUGUCACCACUGACAUCACCUUAACUCAGACAACAUCACAGAGAAGCUUAUUCCUGUUUCCCACUACUGCAGUCCAGCAAGUUUAACUGUAGUUU